AUGUUCUGGGGUGGGGGCAAGGCGGGUGGAGGGUGCCGGGCCCAGGCCCAGCCCCCCUGGCUCCCGGGCUGCCUUCUCUUCGGCAGAGAGUUCUGGCCAGGCCUGGGCAGGGGAGGGGGCCUGGGUGCGGUUUUCCCCUGCGGUGUGGUUGGCUCGUUUGUCUUCCAGGAUGGGCCUGUGGGGUCUGUUGGGGAAGGCGCUGGGAGCCAGGCGUGGGCUGCCAGUGUGUUGGCUGGCUGCUGCCAGACGUGGACCAAGCACCUCCUCCGAGCCAGAGGCUGGAGAUCCAGCGGUGUGCACCAGAGACAUGAUCCUGUCCUCUCGGAUCGUCACGCGGUCCUGCCCCCGCCACCUCUCCAGGACUCUCGGCCUGGUCUUCUCCUUGGAGCCCGGCUGACUCAGGACUCCGGCCGUGGCGACCCAGGGAGCAGCGUUCGGUGGUUUUCUGGAAGCCUGGGUGAUCCCUUGAAGACCUCGUCCUUCCCAGCCGUGGAGAAGAGCCCUUCCCGGUCGGUGCUCGGCCGAGGACCGGACCUGGCUCUGGAGGACGGCUGGAGGGGUAUGAGGGAGGCCCGGCAGGGAGGCCCACCCCCUGCCCACCUGCUCGGACCCUGCCUGUGGGCCCUGCUGCUGGGGCCGGAGGCCGCUGCCUGACCCUGCGUGGACUCCAUUCCUCCUCGCAUCCCUGCCGGUGACCAGACAGAGCUUGGCCUGGGCCCCAUUGAUCACUCCCCUGACCCCAGGCUGGGGCUCAAAGGACCCUACCUGAUGGGGACCGGAACAGGGAUGGGAGCUGGGCGGUGCUGUCCGUGGGUGGGCAGGUGCAGCCCCUCAGCGCUGCCGCUGGACUUGUCUGUCUCUCGCCAUCUGCCUUGUGCGUAAUUGUCAUCU